UGUAUCGGCAAUACAACAUCUGCAAUGUUUUGUUUAAUCAUUUUUAUAAAAUGAAUGAAAGCUUUUUUACAUAUAAGUAGUGAUUAGUGGACUGUGUAAAGUUCUGUGAUAAUUUGUAAUGGAUGCAGAGAGCGGAUAUGGAAUACAAAGAGCUCAUGAUGCGAUGCAAACGAUAGAAACUAUCCAGUCGAUGAUCGACGUUUCAGCUGACAGACUUGAGGGUUUGAGGACGCAAUGUUCUACAAGCGCAGAGCUGACACAGCACGAGAUCCGGACCCUGGAGGGCAAGUUGGUGAAGCACUUCUCCAGGCAAUUGUACAUAAAGGCGCGGUUCGGAGAUGAGCUGAACGAUGAGGUACGGGGUGUACCCUGUUUGGCGCAGUGGCUCCGGGUGGUGGGACUCAGUCCUGAUACUAUUGAGGCGGUAUGUUCGCGCGUGCCGUCGCUGGAGGCGCUGCGCGAGCGCACCGAUCACGAUCUACGCGCGCUGCUGGCGGCCGCCAGGGACGAGGAACAACGCCGCCUCUGCUGCGCCAUGAACAGGCUCGCUACCUACACAGAAGCGUUGAUGCGCGGCGAAGGUGGCGCCGAGUUGGAGUUGUUCUGGGACUCGUGGGACCGGUCGCACGCGCGCGGCUCCCCCCGCCCCCCGCGGCCGCACCCGCGGGCCGCGCCCCCCGACCACCCGCACCACGCGACGCAGGCCCGCCGCGGUGGUGGCAAGUCACCGACCACGCCGGUAGGCAAGCGGAAACAGAACUCGACGCUGCCGCCACCCGCAGCGCUUACCAAGUCGAGGUCGCACGAGUCGCAACUGUCUGUACGGACUGACGCCGCAGAUCUCAGCGACAACAGUCAAUCGUCGGCAGUAUGCGGGGCGGAGUCCCCGCCGCCGUCGCCGGAGCCCGACGGGCUGCCGGGGCGGGCUCUGCACUACAACAACGUCUCCGGCCCGCGCUCCCCCCCCGCGCCGGCCGCGCCGCCCGCGCCCCCCGCGCCGCCGCCGCCGCCCCGCACGCCGCGCACGCCCCGCACGCCGCGCACGCCCACCGUCAGCCGCUGCAUGGCGCACGACAUCGCGCACCGGUUCACCAAGUCCUUCAACAUGAUCGCCAUCUGCGACUACUGCGACAAGCAGAUGCUCUUCGGCUCCGGUCUCAAGUGUAAGGAGUGCAAGUUCAAGUGUCACAGAGACUGCGAAAGCAAAGUACCUCCAUCGUGUGGACUCCCACCGGAAUUUGUGGUGGCUUUCAAAGAAAAAUUUCAUAAAGAUGCGCGCUUCUCUAUACCUGGGACUCCAGAAAGGCACUAUCAAGCACCAACCCAUGGAGGUCUGGUUGGAAUCCGGCUCGAAGGACCAAAUGUUGUUUUCUUGCUAAAAGAUCUUAACAAUUCCGGUUACGAUUCUAUAAAAGACGUUCGCCGGUGUCAGCGCGGGGCUUUUUCCCUCACCAUUUGCCCGCUUUGCCGUCACCAUUCCGCCGCGCACGCGCCAAUAAAAAUAUCUCGCCCCCCCCACCCCGCCGCGACCGCGCACGCGCCCGCGCAGCCGCACUACACCGUGAGUACUGAGUGUGGAGGUCCCGCGGCCGCCACCACCCCGCCUCGCACUGCGCUAGGCCCCGCGCCGCACUACACCGUGAGUACUGAGUGUGUAGGUCACGAGGGGCACGCCAACGUCAGAACUCCGUGCGCCGCUCACGCGGCGCCGCCCCCACCCCGCCGCGCACGCGCACGCGCCCGCUCAGCCGCUCUACACCUACAGUCCCGCGGCGCCGCCCCCACCCCGCCCCGCACUGCGCCCGCGCCCGCGCGGCAGCACAACACCGUCCCGCGGCGCCGCCACCACCCCGCCGCGCACGCGCACGCGCCCGCGCAGCCGCACUACACCGUGAGUACUGAGUGUGUAGGUCCCGCGGCGCACUACACCGCCACCACCCCGCCGCGCACGCGCACGCGCCCGCGCAGCCCCACUACACCGUCCCGCGCCGCGCCAGUACUGAGUGUGUACCCCGCGCGCGCACGCGCAGUACGCGCGCACUACACCGUCCCGCGGCGCCGCCACCACCCCGCCGCGCACGCGCACGCGCCCGCGCAGCCGCACUACACCGUCCCGCGCCGCCGCCACCACCCCGCCGCGCACGCGCACGCGCCCGCGCAGCCGCACUACACCGUCCCGCGACGCCGCCACCACCCCGCCGCGCACGCGCACGCGCCCGCGCAGCCGCACUACACCGUCCCGCGGCGCCGCCACCACCCCGCCGCGCACGCGCACGCGCCCGCGCAGCCGCACUACACCGUCCCGCGGCGCCGCCACCACCCCGCCGCGCACGCGCACGCGCCCGCGCAGCCGCACUACACCGUCCCGCGCCGCCGCCACCCCACAGUGGCGAACGCGCUCGAGCCCGCGCUGCCGCACUACACCGUCCCGCGCCGCCGCCACCACCCCGCCGCGCACGCGCACGCGCCCGCGCAGCCGCACUACACCGUCCCGCGCCGCCGCCACCACCCCGCCGCGCACGCGCACGCGCCCGCGCAGCCGCACUACACCGUCCCGCGCCGCCGCCACCACCCCGCCGCGCACGCGCACGCGCCCGCGCAGCCGCACUACACCGUCCCGCGACGCCGCCACCACCCCGCCGCGCACGCGCACGCGCCCGCGCAGCCGCACUACACCGUCCCGCGCCGCCGCCACCACCCCGCCGCGCACGCGCACGCGCCCGCGCAGCCGCACUACACCGUCCCGCGACGCCGCCACCACCCCGCCGCGCACGCGCACGCGCCCGCGCAGCCGCACUACACCGUCCCGCGACGCCGCCACCAACCCGCUGCGCACGCGCACGCGCCCGCGCAGCCGCACUACACCCAGGGCGGGCCUGACUCGUCGUCGAACACGUCGUCGUGUAACAGCUCAGCGCCGUCGUCGCCCGCGCUGGCGCCGCCCGCCACGCCGCACCACCACCACCACCACGCGCCCCACGCGCCCCACCCACCCCACGCGCCCCAUCCGCCCCACCCGCCCACGGCCAAGCAGCAGUUCCAUUUUCCAGACGUAAAACCUCCCGUGUCAAGUCCGAACCACACGUCGGCGGUGUCGCCGGCGCGGAACGCGGACAGAGACGAACUUACCUCCAGCGUCAAGAGCGACCGGUCGCGCGUGUCGCUGACGGGUUCGAACUCGACGGACAGCAGCGGGCCGCCGCGAGCCGACUCACUCGACGCACACGGCAACCACGCAGACGCGCGCUGGCCACGCCAGAACAGCUUGUCAAUGAAGGAGUGGGACAUCCCGUACGACGAGCUGAAGCUGUUCGAGACGAUCGGCACGGGCCGGUUCGGGACCGUGUACCGCGGCAGCUGGCACGGCGCCGUCGCCGUCAAACUGCUGCACGUGCACUCGCUCACCGACCACGGCGUGCCGCUCGACACCUUCAAACACGAGGUGGCGACGUUCCGGAAGACCCGCCACGAGAACCUGGUGCUGUUCAUGGGCGCGUGUAUGAAGCCGCCGCGGUUAGCCAUCGUCACGUCUCUAUGUAAAGGCAUGACGCUGUACACGCACAUCCACAUACGAAAAGACAAGUUCAACGCCAACAGGAGUGUUAUUAUAGCGCAGCAGAUAUCUCAGGGUAUGGGUUAUCUACACGCGCGGGGUAUUGUCCACAAAGAUUUGAAGACGAAGAAUAUAUUCUUAGAGAACGGGAAGGUGGUCAUCACAGACUUCGGCCUCUUCAGUGUAACGAAAUUGUGUUUUGGAAACAAUGCCCGAGGAGACAGCCUGGGCAUCCCCCCGGGCUGGCUGUGCUACCUGGCGGCCGAGCUGGUCCGGGCAUUGAGGCCGCACGCCUCGUUACACCUCCCCUUCUCGAAGGCUACCGACGUCUAUGCUUUCGGCACGGUGUGGUACGAGUUACUAUGCGGAGAGUAUCCAUUCAAAGGACAGCCGCCCGAAGCGAUUAUAUGGCAAGUAGGCAAGGGCGUCAAGCAAUCGUUGGCAAAUAUGCAGGCCUCCAGAGAUAUCAAGGACAUCCUGAUGCUGUGUUGGUCAUAUCGGGCGAGUGAGCGGCCGGAUUUCCCGAGUCUCUUGGUCACACUGCAGAAACUGCCGCGGAAGCGACUAGCACGUUCUCCCUCGCACCCCGUGCAUCUGUCUCGCUCGGCGGACUCCGUCUUCUGAGAACGGCUAGCUGGCGCACUCUGCGUGCGGCCCUAGUAGCUCCUCAGUCACUAUAGACUUGUUUCCUUUGACUCAUUAUAAUUAUUAUAAUUGAACAAAGUAAAGGAAUCACUCGCAUACAGCCAAAGAUCAUAGUUGAUUACAAGAUCACAUUUCUGUAUGCAUAGAAUUUAUACAGGAAAUAAAAUAUAGUGUGGUUGUUUAUGAACUGAAUUUUGAUAUUACACCAAAGCGUAAUAUGAUAAAUUCAGUUAUGUUUCUCGAUGGCGAAUAUGUGAAACCUUAGACUAUCUUCGUACACUUCAGACACGGACUUUUUUCAGUUUUACGUAAACCUAUCUAUGUAUUAGCAGAAAGACAAGAAAUAUGCUCAAUAAACAAAUUACUUGCCAACAAACCUUACAGGUUGAAAGGUAUUAACAUAUAGGUGUUACUUGUACGGCAGUACGUAUUUAUUCGAUAACGAAUUUGAAUAUUUUGAAUUUCUCACUACACAGCGUUAUAGUGGGAACCUGUCGAAAUAUCACUAGUUAAAAUGGGAGGGCAAUAUUGACAGUUUUUUUUUUGUAAAUAUAUAUGAUUUUUGUUCGAAUAUUUUGAUUCCAGACGAUUGAAAGUAUAGUGUAUGUUUUAUUAUUUAAGUUAUGUAAAAAUUGACGAUCUUGUCUUCCCACUUUAUGCAAUAAUUAAUUUAUAAAUUUUACUGUUAUAUUUAUUAAUAUAACGAACGGGUAUUCGCUACUUAGUAUGACAUUAUAGAUAUGUGAAACUUUUGUAAAUUGUGUUAAUAUUAACUAUUGUAAGUAAGCCCUGAUCUCCGAUUAAUCGAUAGAUUAUAAAUUAUAUUUUCGUAUUUUUAAAAUGUGAAAAGUUGACUGCUUUGUUGAUAAUGUAAAUAAUGUACAGUGUUACGAAAUUUUGCUGUGAUUGAGUCUAGAUAGGGCGCACUGAACUUUAAUUGGACUCAUCUGUUAGUAAUUUAUUAUGAAAAUAAUAUAAAAAUAAACAUUUCCAAUCUUUUAACUCAUUAUUAUAGUAUUUGAAGUAAAUACAUAUGUACAAUAUUGUUGUCGGUCGAAAUUCUUUAUUAGACUGAGUUCGUUAUACAAAAAUAUAUAAUAAAACUCUUAACAGAAAUACAAU